UAAAAAGCAGAUAACUAGGAAAUGCAAACACCGCGUUGAGGGGAGCUCUGGAUGCUGUCAGUUGAGGAGGGAGAGGUAAAAGAGAAGAUGCAUAAGCAAGGGGAAGAAUCAGAACUAAGGAUCAUCCUCGUUGGGAAGUCUGGAGGUGGGAAAAGUGCCACAGGAAACACCAUCUUGGGCCAGAAGGCGUUUCAAUCCACGCUUGAGGCAAAGACAACAACCCUGCAGUGCCAAAGAGCGUCUGGGAGCUGGAAUGGCCAGGAAGUGUCAGUGACCGACACGCCAAACAUAUUUGAUUCAGAAGUCUGCAUUGAAGAUAUGCUCACUGAAAUUAAGCGUUGUGUUGGACUCUCCAAACCUGGCCCUCAUGCUUUGCUGCUGGUGACUCCCGUGGGCCGCUUCACUGCAGAAGAUGAAGCUACCGCAAACAGAGUCUUGGAAGUAUUUGGAGUGGAAGCCACAAAGCACAUGAUAGUCGUUUUCACCUGGAAAGAAGUCUUGGAAGGGACCUCCUUGCAUGACUAUGUGAUGCAAUCCAAUAACAAGGUUCUUUUGGAGCUGAUUCAGAAAUGUGGGUCCCGCUUCUGUGCUUUCAGUAAUAGGGCAGCUGGGGCAGAACGAGAGGGGCAGGUUUCCGAGCUGAUGGUGAUGAUCAAGAAAAUGGUCCGGGAGAAUGGAGGAAGGCAUUAUGCUAAUGAGCUGUACUUGGCAUCUGUUUUAGCCAAUGAAAAGCUCCAGUGUUAUAUGGCAAAAAAUAGAAGAGCCAUGCAAAGGGCCAAGGGAACCUUUGGGGGCUUAGUUUUCAGAACACCGUUUGUAGUCUUUGAGUUUUCUGCCGUUGUUCUUCUAUUCUUUUAUCAUUGCAUUCUUUCGCUCCUCAGCUAUUUUAUUGACAAAAAUCCUCAGACUGUUACUUGGAGCCAAGAGAAGUGCUGGGGGAACAUGUAUCAAUCCAUCAGGGAAAUACCACAGGGAGAAAUGGAUCUAAUCAGACCUGACAAGGAUGGUGACAAAACGGAAGCUUCUGAAAUCUCAUCGAAUUCUUCACUGACACCACUCAUCCCAGACUCCUGCACACAAGAUGGAGGUGAAGAAACAGAACUGAGGAUUAUCCUUGUUGGCAAGACUGGAGUUGGGAAAAGUGCCUCUGGAAAUACCAUCCUGGGCCGGGAGGAAUUUGAAUCCAUUUUGGGGCCAAAGACAACAACUCUGAAGUGCCAAAGAGGCUACGGGAACUGGAAUGGUCAGAAACUUUCAGUGAUAGACACCCCAGCUCUUUUUGAUCCAGAAGCUUGCAGAAAAGGAUUACAAACCGAGAUCAGGCGUUGUAUCGCACUCUCCAAGCCUGGCCCUCAUGCUUUGCUGUUUGUGACCCAGGUGGGUCGCUUCACCAAGGAAAAUGAAGAAACAAUAAUCCAUAUCCAGGAUGUGUUUGGAGCGGAAGCAACCAGGCAUAUGAUUGUCUUGUUCACCCAUAAAGAUGAUUUAGGAGGGAAUUCUGUGCAUAAUUAUAUAGGGCAGACAAACAAGGCUCUUUUGGAGCUGAUUCAGAAAUGUGGGUCCCGCGUCUGUGCUUUCAAUAACAGGCCAGCUGCCGCAGAACGGGAAGAGCAGGUUUCUGAGCUGAUGCUGAUGAUCCAGACGAUGGUUCAGGAGAAUGGAGGGGAGCAUUAUGUCAAUAAGUUGUAUUCGGCACCGAACUUAACCGAUGCAAUGGUCAGAUCCUACAUGGCAGAAAAUAAAACCAUCAGGAAAAAGGCAAAGGGAGCUGGUUGGUGGGAAAAUAAAAAGUAUCUAGUUCUGGGAGUUGCUGUAGGUGCUGUACUUCUAAUCAUCAUUCUAGUUCCUGUCAUUUCCACUUCGUCUUAGCUUUUCCUUUGCUUCCUCCUCACUCCUGUAUCUUUUCUUUUCGCCUUUUUAUUCUUACAUAGUAUAAAGGCAGAUUGGCCAUUAUGCCCAGUGGGACUUUUCCAGUGGGCCAAUAGCUGGGGCCUGCUCUGUGCAGCCCAGGGAAGGAGGCUCCAACCCAGACAGGUUGGCUGAUUUUCUUUCUCCUUCCUUUCUUCGUGGGAGCAGGCCUGAACCUGUGAAUUUUUUAUUCUUUUUCCAGCAUUGCAGACCAUCUCUCAUUUGAGAUUAGUUAUGCUUUUAAGGAAACAAUAUCUGCUUUCAAGGAAUAACAAUGUUGUAAAUGAAUAAAUAAAUAAAUACAUAAAUGAAAGAUCUGUGAUUUUAAGACAUAUUGCAGUCUGGUAUCAUAUUGCACGAUAAACUACACUGUUUUUAGCAACAACCUCUUUUAACAGUCUACAUAUUUAAAUCAAGACUCACUUUACUGUAUGGUUUUUUUCUUGAUUAAACACUGUCGCUUGAAAUAAAUAAAUG